GGACCCAGGUUAAAGGGAAAACAUGUGGGUAAUAUUUUUAAAGGUAAGGCGCCCUCAUUCUGCUCUAUUGUUCCUUUAUUUUCGGACCUAGUGCCCCCGAUAUUCUUCUGGUAUGAAGGAAGUCACUACACCCUAUUUGUGUAUUUUUUUUCUAAAAAUGUUGAAAUCAACUACAAGGGCAAUUAGUCGAUUGAGCAACAAUAAGCUUCCAACUACAUUCUUUUUACAAUCGCGUCAUGCAGAAGUAUUAAAUAGCCCAGCUUCAGUUUUUUUUGGUGGUCAAAAAUGGGAACGCAUCAAGCAAAUCGCUCUUGAAGCAAACAGAGUCAAUGUAGAUUAUGAGUCCAAAUAUUAUUCAAAGCUAAAAAAAGUAGCUCAACAAAAGGGCUUGACUGUUCGAGAGUUAAAAGAGAAUGCUUUGGCACAAAAGAAGAAGCAUAAGCCACAAGCUAAUUAUGCAGCAGUUCAAACUGUGCUUGAACAGAAAAAAAAGAAUGUAAACCAGCAAGAAUCCAGUUCUAACUAUGAAUCGAGUGCACCUGCUUUGGAUAAAGUAGUAAAACUUGAUCUACUCUUAAAAGAAGAUCCAAAGUCAAUUAGUGAGAUAUGGACACGGUACCACGCCAACAAAGAUUGUAUUUCUGCAGUUAUACCAGGAUCGAUCUAUAACAGAAUGUACGAAAUAUCAAGAAAGUAUCCGAUGUUCAUCUUACCUAUGCCUCGUGAAGUUGGACUAGAGUUCUUCUUCCUUCAAUUUCAAUCACAUCAGUGCUAUUUUACCUCACUUUUAGAAUACAAGACCAAAGGAGAAAAAGCGCGACCUUUCUUAACCAUCACUCACUUUCCUGAGCUUUUAGAAGAAAAGGGCAUCGUUUUGAUGAAGGGUGAAAUAAACGACAACCCCAAAAAAAUGCUAUCAACAUCGAACGCGCAGUUCUUGGCGUUUGCACUGCAAAGAUUUUAUGCCACAGAUGACCAGCGAAAAUUAAAGCUUGUUGAACAGUUUAAUGACAGCCCCCAAACCUUCGAUUAUCAUGAUCUUUUGGAUGAGAUAAACUCUAUUGUAUAGUUUGUUGACAUCAGCUGUGCUGUGUUCAAAUAAAGUCUCUUAUUUAACAAGUUUCAUGCUUUUUUUUAAAAAAAAAUG